CUCUUCAACCGGAAGCUAAUAUUUUAGUAAACAACACGUUGAAAACUAAACAGCUGGUGGUGAAAUACAGAUAGCACCAGUGGUUAACAAAAAUGGCGACCAAACAAAAUCAAAGAUCCGCAGAACAAAACAUCCCAAUAGACGUACAUUUCAACAAACUACUGGAUUGGCUGAUCAAUCGUCGCCACUGUACCCAGGAAUGGCACACCUCGCUCGCUGUCAUACGGCAGAAUAUCAACCAGGCGAUACAGGACAUGCCCGCCAUGGAGGAAAUCACACAACUCCUGGAGGGGACAUAUGUCAACUACUUUCACUGUGUGAAGAUUGUGGCAAUGUUGAAGGACAGUGAGUCUGGAAAGAAGAACAUGUUUGGACAGUAUUCUUCACAAAAAAUGAAGGAUUGGGUGGAAAUCAUCAGGAUGUAUGAAAAAGAUGGAGUGUAUUUAGGAGAAACAGCACAAAUGAUUGGGCGGAAUGUAAAUUACGAAAUUCCAGCAUUGAAAAAACAGAUUGCAAAGUGUCAGCAAGUCCAGAAGGAAUGUGACAAAAAAGAGGCUGAUUACGUUGCCAAGGCUGCAGAGUUACGUAAGAAAUACGACUCCAGGUGUAAGGAACUAGGAAUUGUGGGAAAGAAGAUCAAGUCUGAAUUAUCUGCCCUUGUUAAAGACCUGCCAAUGACUUUCAAUAAGAUAGCAGAUUCUUCCAAGGAUUUACAGGAGGCUGUUCAGUUUUAUGGAGACUUUGUGAAUUUUGUUAUGAACAGCCAAAAGCACCAGGAGACAUGUGUGACAAUGUUAAAAUAUGUCCAAAAUUCUGGUGACACAACAACAUACGAAUGGAGGACAGGCACCAAGCCGGAGAAGGUCGAGGAGACGCCCAUUUUGAUUGAUCUUGGCGACGAACAGGAUCAACAUGAUGCUACUGAGAAUAUUGAUUGGGACAUUGGGGCUGAUGUUGAAGCAGACAUUGAUUUCGGUGAGGAAAUUGACUUUGACAUCUCCGAAAUCACCGUGGAACAAGGAGGAACGGAGACUGAAGACCAGAACCCAAGUAACCAGUCCUUGGAGCCAGAUAGUGAUAGUAACGGUAUCGACUGGAGCGACACCGUCCUGGUCGAACAUCCAAGCAAAGGUGGGACAGAGGAGGGGGUCGCUAAGGGAGUGGACGCUCUGACCAUACUGGACAAUCCCGUCACACGCACCAAGUUUAUGGAUGACUUGAUGGAGCUGGAAGCGUUCCUGACCCAGAGAAUCUGUGAGAUGGAUGGGAAUAGAGAUUUGGACAUCAUCAGCACCAGCCAGUUCCAGAACGCUCCUUCCUCUGUACAGGUCGACAAAAACAAGGUCGUAACCAUGGCGUCGAAGGUCAAGGACAUUCUCAGUCAACUGACCUCUGUAAAAAUGCACCACUUACUUCUGAUAAGGAAUUCACCAAGGUAUGUGGACCGCCUGAGAGACUCCCUCAAACAGACACUGUCCCUGGCUGACAAGAUGGUGUUCUACGAGAAGGAGAUGAUUGUGAAGAAGAAAGAGGUCUUGGAGGAACAGAGGCAGAUGGAGCCCAAACUUGAUGUGAUAAUCAAGAGAACGAAGGAGAUGCAGAGUCAGAUGGAAGGAGAAAUAUCCAUAAAAUACAAGGAUAGACCAGUCAACAUCAUGGGGGAAAUCAACAUGAUAUGAAAAUAUUAAAAUAUGAUUAAUAAUACAGACGAUCCUCUGAUAUUUGGACUCUCUUUUUCUAUAUAAUUAAGCCAGGACCCUCCCAGUAAGUUGGUAAGGUUGUGGGGAAAUAAUAGAAUGUUCCUUCCCUCGGCCAAUGAACGUUUGGAUUUUUGGGAGAUGGCACAAGAUAAACUUAUCAGGAAAUAUGAACCAAUGGUCAGUUUUGGAAAGGAGGAGUAGGGAGCCGUUCUUGGAUCUUCUGAUGUAGAAAGUUUAAGAAAGGAGGAGAGGGGGAACCCUUCUUGGAUCUCCUUGGAUAAUUGACCAAUAUGUGUAAAAGGUAAAACAAAGGUGUGUGUCUGUUUACUUCACUCUUUAAUAAUUUUGUUAAUAGAUGUAUAUCUUAAGUCCAUUGCUACUCAUAAGUACUUCCUAGACUUUCAGGAUUGUGUAGGACACAGCAAUCCCUCCCAAGGGUUUUCUUAAUUGGGUAAAACCCGAGGUUUGUUAAAAAUUUCACUCCAAUUUGAAUAUCUUCGGGUCGGAUUUCCCUAUUCUGCACCUCUCGGCCUCAUAGAGUACAAACUAAGAAAACAUCGCAAUUUCUGCAUCGUAGCAUCAGAAGGUUCUGUAUAUCGUGGCAUCGUAUCAUUGUUGUGCCAUUGUGACGUAUGAUAGAAAUAUCUUGCACUUCUUUCUGGCCCUGGACAGUUCUGUCAUAUACACAGGAAUGAGGGGAAAGUAACAUAAAUUGUUAAUCAUUAAUCUGGAAAAUUAGUUUCCCAGAAUUUCUCACAUUACACCAGAAACUGAUAUCUGUAUAUCUUUGUUAAUGAAAGUUUGAUGCAGAUAUGAUGCUAAUCUCAAGAUAUUAAAUAUUACAUAUAUUGAAAACUGUCGAAACUGUUGCUGAUAUGCAAGAAAAACAGUUAUCAAUCAUUGACCAUUUAGUAUGAAUCACUUAAGAUUGUCUGAAUCAUUGUUCUCAUUCUUAUUAUAAUUCACACAUUUAUAACCUUAGUGGGGUUCAGAGAAAGAGGCUAUACAAAGUUAACAAGUUUAUGGUUGAUGAAAUAUGAAAUUACAUGAAAAUGAUCUUUUUCUAUAAGAGUUAGGUGUGAAAUUAUGUAUGAUUCUGGAAAGGGUAGAUAGACUUAUUAAUUUGAGGACCUGUGUAAAAUACUGGUAUGUAUGUGGUGGACGUGGUGUAAAGUACAAGUGUUUUGGUGAGUAUUUGUGCGUGUGUGAAUGUAAGUGUUAGUAUGUGCAUUAUAGAUCACAUGUGGAUGGCAGGUUUGAGUCAGAUACAUGUGUGUUCAUGUGAUGGUAUUGAUUUAUUAAAAACUUUAAUGCACACAAUGUAGAAUAAUAUAUUUAUUUGAAAUAAUACGGACCUGUAUUGUAGGUAUGGAAUUGUGUAUCAAAGGUAUAAAAUGUUUCAUUUUGCAAACAUUUAUGUAAGACCUUUAUUUAUUUGACUUAGAGCUUCAUCUAUUUUGUUAAUUUUUAGGAGUUAGUUAGAAUUAUUAAUGUACAGACUGAUAUUCCCUGAUGCAGUGUCCCUGCAACAACAGAAACUAUAUAAGGUAGGGAGUAUUGUAAUUUAAUCCGUACAUUAUUUACUCAUGUCCCUAGUUACGUUACAUAAGGAGAUCCGACAAUAUACAAUGUACAUGUUAACGUUGCUAAUAAAGACAAUGAUAACAUCUCA